CUUAAAGCCCGCCAUCCCCAUGUCCCGCCUCCCUCCCCGAAUACUCCGUACCCUCCGAACGAUCCAUACAUCCACAAUGGCCCCCAUCGAGCGAAUCACCCUCUUCAAGAUUCCCAACGAGGCAGACCGGGACCGCGUCCUGGAGCAGUACAAGGUUCUCGCGAAGACUGCUACCAAGGACGGCAAGCCUUACAUCGUCGCUGCUGCUGCGGGCGCUUCAUUUCCCGAUCCUAGGAAUAAGGGGUACAAUUUGUCGGUCAAGACUACUUUUGCUUCUAUGGAGGAUAUGAAGUACUAUGAUAGUGAGUGUGAGGCUCAUAAGGCGCUUAAGGCUGUUGCUGGACCCGUUAAGGAGGAUGUUUUGACGAGUUUUUAUGAGAGUGUUUUGUAAUUGGAUUUGAAUUGUUAUAUUUCUUAUUUCUUAUUUGUGCUUUUUUUUCCUGCUUUUUCUUCGGUUUGAGGGGAUUGUACAUGUGUGUCUAGUAAGUAGCAAUAAAGAG